AUGCCGCUUGAACUGCCCGCCCUUUCUUCUCCGCACCCGCCAAAAGCAGCACGACGCACUCCACUCAUGGAUUCCGACCUGCGUGCUGCGCGCCCGCUAGCGUCGGCGCUCGACAUCAUUGAUGAAGCGCAGGGAUUAUCGCAGCUCAGGAACUUCCACCCGGACUCCCAGGCCUUUGCGUCCUUCCGGUCUAUUGACAGUGUCGACCCGCACCCAGCACAAAAUGCAACUGCGCCAGACGCAAUAGACUUGGAAAGCAACGUUCGGGCCACUACAAAAGAUGGAAUAUCUUUACUCCAAUCGGAUCCGUCAUUUCAGCAACCGGACUAUGAAGAGCUCGCACCCAACUCAACAGCCUCAACAAGUUUUGCAGGACAAUUACAGGGCAAGCUGAUCCCGGAUCCACCUGAUCUAGAGUAUUGGAGAGAUCGCUUGUUCCACGUGAAUGAGACCAUCACCUUGAGCGAAGAACAAUUCCAGACUUAUUUCCCACACGUUGAUAAUGUUUACUCUCAUCGCUCCACUCAGCGCUACAAACGCAGGCCAUUCGUAUCCCACUACUGGGACUGUCGCCUGAAAGGUCGGCCUCCAGGGACACCCAAGUCCGACGACCCGACUAAGAAAAAGCGCAAGCGUACGGCCAGAGAGCGAGAUCUCUGCGACGUCAAGAUCAAGAUUACGGAGUACUUCCCGGGUGGCGGGGUCGUAGAUACAACUGGUGGAUUCGAAUCGCUUCCCGCUGAACUUUUGCCUGGAGUUCACACCUUGUUUCCCGUUCAAGGGAAUCAGCCCUUUGGAGUGCUUGCGCCAGGGCCCAAUUUACCGUCAGAUCAUCCCGGGGUGAACGGAGCGCGAUAUUUCACCAUACAACGUGUGAAUGGAAAUGGUGCCAAUGGGAAGAGUGAAGGCGUGGAAGGUGGUCAUCGACAUACGCUUGAGGAUAGCGAUCGAGUCAAGAAGAAUAGUGUUCAUAGACACUUCAUGAAAGAGGACAAGGGGAGGAAGAAGUCCACGUAUCGAGUCAUGGACGACAACACCCACACGCAGAAGUCAUACCACACCAAAGCGUCUGGCUUGGCCGCCGCUACAGAACAGGACCAGCAGAAACAGAUUGCUCAUGCACAGGAGCUUCGAAAUACUUUCAACCAGUUGAUGGCCGCCGCGGAUGCCCGUGGCCCAUACUUCAUGGGAUCACAACUUUCCUUCGUCGAUGUUCAGGCCGCUCCAUGGGUCCUUCGGCUCAGUCGGGUCUUGAAGCCCUAUCGGGGUUGGCCAGAUGCCGAGGAACGCUCAAGAUGGGGGUCAUGGGUGAACGCACUCGAAGCCAAUGAGCAUGUCCGAGCAACAACCAGCACAGACCAGCUCUACUUUGAUAGCUAUGAGCGUUACGCCGGUGAGUGCCUUUGA